UCCCUGAAGCCCUAAACAUCCAAUCCUGUUCUAGUCCGAGGGUUACAUAAACUCUUCUUUUAUAAAAAGACUGUUGCUUCUCCUCUCAGUACCGUCUCCAAUUAUCUCAGUCCAUUUCGGGAGUCGAGCCGGUCAUUUUCUGACGUGGCCGGAACAUGCAUUUUGGCGCAAAGCAGAUGUUGAAUUCAUUCGAGUUGUAUUAUUAACAGAUUGGCUAUUUGUACUUGUUGGUGUGAGUUUUCCCCACCCAAGUCACUUUCUUGCAUCAAAAGAGACAGUUUACAAGAUCAUUACAACUUAAAAACGACAAAAAUGGCACUUCAGAAUAAAAUCCUUCAUCUGAGCUGCAGGAGUGUUUUGGGAGAAGUGCUCAACAAGAGGUUUGCCAGUAAUUCUCGCGCGCUGCUCAAAUCUGCAACCAGCGAGUCGCUCGGGGUCUGUGCGACCGGACAAGAGACUUUCCCGGAGGAUUUGAUCCCACCGGGGGCCAGUGCGGAGGUGGUCGCUAAGGAGACCCGGAUCAAGAGUCUGAAAGAGAUGCCGGGACCCAGCGCCGUCAGCAACCUGAUCGAGUUCUUUUACCGGGACGGUUUCAGUAGGAUCCACGAAAUACAGAUGGAACACUCUCAGAAGUAUGGGAAGAUCUUUAAGUCUCGUUUCGGCCCCCAGCUGGUUGUGUCUAUCGCAGGGCGGGAUCUGGUUGCCGAGGUGCUGAGGACGGAGGGUGUGGCCCCGCAGAGAGGCAACAUGGAGUCCUGGAAGGAGUACCGCGACCUGAGGGGCCGAUCUACCGGACUUAUCUCAGCGGAGGGUGAGGACUGGUUGAAGAUGCGUAGCAUCCUCCGUCAGCUGAUCAUGAGACCGAAGGACGUGGCUCAGUUCUCUGACGACGUGAAUGCUGUGGUGGAGGACCUGGUGAAGAGAGUGGAUACGCUGAGGAGCCAGCAGUCAGACGGACUCACUGUACUCAAUAUUAACGAUCUGUUUUUCAAAUACGCAAUGGAAGGUAUGGCAGCCAUCUUGUACGAGGACCGUCUGGGCUGCUUGGAGAAUGAGAUUCCUCAGAAGAGCCAGGACUACAUCGCAGCCCUGCACCUGAUGUUUAGUUCCUUUAAGAUGACCAUGUACGCCGGGGCCAUCCCCAAGUGGCUCAGAACCGUCAUCCCCAGACCCUGGGAGGAGUUCUGCAGCUCCUGGGACGGACUCUUCAGUUUCAGCCAGAUCCAUGUAGAUAAGCGUCUGGGGGAGAUCCAGGAUCUGGUGUCCCGAGGAGAGACGGUGAAGGGGGGGCUUUUAACUCACAUGCUGGUGACCCGAGAGAUGAACCUGGAGGAGAUCUACGCUAACAUGACUGAGAUGUUACUGGCUGGGGUGGACACGACAUCAUUCACCCUGUCCUGGGCCUGCUACCUCUUGGCCCGUCACCCUGAGGUCCAGCAGGAGAUCUACGAGGAGGUGACGAGGACUCUGGGACACGGGACCAUCCCCACCGCUGAUGACGUCCCCCGUCUACCCCUCAUCAGAGGACUGGUGAAGGAGACACUAAGAAUGUUUCCUGUUCUGCCAGGUAAUGGGCGUGUUACCCAGGAUGACUUGGUGGUUGGCGGUUACUUCAUCCCCAAAGGGACCCAGUUGGCUCUAUGUCACUACUCUACCUCCAUGGACGAGGAGAAUUUCCCCGGGGCUGAUGACUUCCGUCCAGACCGCUGGAUCAGGAAGGACGCUACGGACCGGGUGGAUAACUUCGGCUCCAUCCCGUUCGGCUACGGCAUCAGGAGCUGCAUCGGCAGGAGGAUAGCUGAACUGGAGAUGCACCUGGCUCUUACACAGCUGAUCCAGAGGUUCCAGAUUGGGCUGUGUCCCGUCACAGAAGAAAUCAAAGCCAAAACCCACGGCCUCCUCUGUCCUGCUGCGCCCAUCAACCUGCAGUUUGCCGACAGACAACCCUAGACCAAAACCCACGGCCGUCCUCUGUCCUGCUGCGCCCAUCAACCUGCAGUUUGCCGACAGACAACCCUAGACCAAAACCCACGGCCUCCUCUGUCCUGCUGCGCCCAUCAACCUGCAGUUUGCCGACAGACAACCCUAGACCAAAACCCACGGCCUCCUCUGUCCUGCUGCGCCCAUCAACCUGCAGUUUGCCGACAGACAACCCUAGACCAAAACCCACGGCCGUCCUCUGUCCUGCUGCGCCCAUCAACCUGCAGUUUGCCGACAGACAACCCUAGACAGAUACACUGUUUAACUCCUUUCUUCUCCUUAUCUCUCUAGUGAGGAGGUAAAUGGGUAAAUAACAGACAGACUGUCAUAAGGCAGGUUUAUACCAUCCUGUACCCAGAUGCUAUUGUUCUGUGUAAACAGCCUCUAAGUUACAGGAUGUACACAGACCAUAAAUAUAUAAAUAUAUAUAUAUAUAUAUACAAUACCAAUACUUGUUUAAUUUACAACUUUUCUAAGUCCUGUUAUCAACUGACUUCAGCACAGUGUCUGGCUGUGGAUUGGCUGCAGUGUCUUGCUUGUGGAUUGUUUGCAGUGUCUGGCUGUGGAUUGGCUGCAGUGUCUGGCUGUGGAUUGGCUGCAGUGUCUGGCUGUGGAUUGGCUGCAGUGUUUGAAUGGAAUGUUGGCAUAUUGGCAGAUUAAUUAAUUUUUUUUUAUACAAAAAACUGAAAAAAAAAAUGGAAAAAAAACUGGAAAAAAAUUGGCUAGCUAGCUAACAACCUGUGCAGUUCUAUCUACAAAAUGCAUUGCUUUUCAGACUGUAUGAUUUGGUAUUUGAUUAAAGUGCUCCUUUUACGAUGAUGGAUGAUUUCAAAAGUUGUCAUGACGAUUUAAAGUUGGUUUAUAGUCAACAACAAAAAAUUGUCAGAUAUGUGCUGGUCAUUUUUGAAAUGGCUAACGAGCUAGCAACUAACCAAAACCCCGUCGUUUAUAAUGUUGCUUUUAGUUUCCUGGCUCGUUAGAUUGACGUUAUCCUAAAUACAUUUGUUUAUUUAAAAAAAAAAAAUGGAUUGGUUUAUUUGGUGUUUAAAAUAGACUAGCUAUGCAAUUUGAAACAGAGACUGGAAUAACUUGUCUGUUUAGGUCAUACAUGAGCACACAGAAACUAACCCAGUGUACUUCUUCAAAUCCCUUACGAUCCUUAUACGCUCAAAAGGUAUUUUUUAAAAAAAAAUUGUCUGACUGACCUUGAAUUGUUCAAACUGUUUUUUUUUGGGGGGGGGGGGGGGGGUUCUUCCUGGACUUGUUUCCUGGUCACGUGAGAGACCGUGACUGUUUGUUUUAUACUGUAUGUAGGAAGCACCGCAGAGAGACCGUAUUUAAGAAGAAAGGAUUGAAAUGGAGAGAGGGCUUGUUCGAAGGGGCAGAGAAAUACGUAGACCGUAGGUUCCUUCUGUUUGAUGACGAAGAAGGUUUUUUUAAAUAGAGAUUCCAGAUCUGGGAACCUAAUGGAAAAAGGUAUUUAGAAAGUGUCUUGUUGUUUUGGUGUCGUACUGCUCUGAGCAGUGAAAUGAGUCUGAGGUCAAAAAGGUGCCAGGGUCUAACCGAGUCUCCCUGUUUUAACUUCGUAAGGAAGAGAAUUGGAUGUUCAUCUAUAAUUAGUAGACUAAUGUCCGACCAGUUUCUAUAAAUUCCACGUUAACUAAUUGAGAUGGUGGUUCCAUGUCCAAGAAUAAAGUCACUUCCUGUUGAGUUCCGUAAUAAAGUCACUUCCUGUUGAGUUCCGUAAUAAAGUCACUUCCUGUUCCGUA